AUGCAGGAAUUUCCUUACGUGUUAUCCGAAUACGAGGAAAUAAACCCUCUUCUAUACAAACCUAUCAAUUCAACUCAACGUAUCAAGUACACAUGUUUUAACACAUCUCCGAAUUAUAUUAUUUUGGGUUCAACCAGCGGAAGUGUUUACCUCUUCUUAAGGAAACCAUGCUCCUUUGUACAAUUGAUACCCUUAUCGGAAGGGGCAGUUUCAUAUGUUCUCAUAUCACCUGAUGAGAAAACAAUCGCUCUGACAACAACUCGUGGAGUGGUUUGUCUAGUAGCCUUGAAACCAUCACCAAAACUAAUAGCCAUAUCCAUGGAACACGUUAACGAACAAAUUAAUUGUCUUUGUUGGAACGAUAACAGCUCCGAAGUGUAUAUCGGGGAUGAAAAUGGUAAAGUUUCUGUUAUGGUGUUGUCUAUUUUUACGGUUAACGGGAUGUUUCAAGCACCAGCUUGUAUGUUAAUGAAUCUAGAUUCAGGCAUUGUGCAGCUCAGUUUCUCUUCACCUCUACUUUUAGUAUCGACGUUGACUCGCUGUUACAUAUGCGACACGGUACAAGAACAGUACAAGCAGAUUGGAAACAAAGCACGAAACGGUGCUUUCGGUGCUUGUUUCUAUAAAACUCUGUCCAAGGAGAAAACUCCGGUAAUAACACAGAAAGAUGAAAAAUUAGUUAACGAAAAAGGCUCGUUUAAUUUUAUCAUUGAUGCUAAUAACAAAGUACCGGAAGAAAAUUUUGCUCAAGUAUUUUGCGCCAGGCCAGGAUCGAGACUUUGGGAGGUAUCUGUAAAUGGCGUAGUGAUGAAAACUCAUCAGUUUAAAGAAGCAUUAGCUGUACCACCUGCGACGAUAUGUAGGCCGAACUUCAGAAAACCAGUUUAUGAAAAGCAACUGGAGCAAACUUGGCUACCACAGUCUAUCAACUUCUCUCAUUUAUUUGUUAUCGGAGAGAAAUAUUUAUUUUCGUAUACUUCCACUGGUUUAUAUAUAAUGGAUCCUACAACUGCGACAGUGGUAUUAUGGAAUAACGAAUUCUCAAACAUAAAUUAUGCUGAGACUAUAAAAAAUAAGAUAUAUUUGAUGACUUCCGAUGGGGAAUUCCAUUGUUUAACUUUGUCUUUCUUAGAUUCGUUAAUAUCGCGGUUGUAUAAUAAGAAAAGAUACUACGAAUGUUUAGAAGUAUGCAUAGCUUAUAAAGUACAAUUAAAGAAAUUAGCAAGUAGUGCAGAUACCGAUCAUAUUUGUGAUACAGAAAACAAAUUGCAAACACUUAGGGAUGAUGAAUUGUCGACGUUAUUACAUCCUCUGAUAAUUUUAUUAGAGUCAAAUUCAAAGAAAACUCCUAAAAAAUUAGAUUCGGGUAUAGUUGUUGUUAAUCACGGAGUAUCUGAUCUGAAAGACGUGGAAGACCUCAGGUUCCAUUCCUGUUCUUCGCAGAGCAUUGAAGAAACGAAGAACGAAAUGUUAAACAAUUUAAUAAACGAGUCUGAUAAUGAGGCAAGGAAAAACGAAGAUGCAAAUUGUAACAUAGAGAAAGAAAAGGAAGAGGAUCCAAAUGAAAGCAUAACGCAAAGGAUACAAGCAGAUCUGAAAGCUAUAUACGGAUUAAUAGAUAACAUUAGGCCUUCCAUGGACGAGGAAGAGUUAGAAAGGAUAAUAUUAGACAUAGAUUGGAGAAUGGACGUUAUCAAAGAUACCUACGAGACCGUAAUCGAGUUAAAAAGCUUCAUAUACGAGGUAUUGAGAAGCGUGCAACUCUAUUAUUUCAAUGCUCUGUUAGAAAACGUCUCGACGCAAAUGAUACAGUUUACGGACAACGAGACUAUCGUGAAGCAACUAAUGAAAGCUUUCGUUAACGCGAACGGUCAAAAUUGUAGAAGAUGUACCUGCGGUAGUCCAUGGCUGAUGAACGAACUGAUAGAACCAAAGUUUCUUGGGAUUGGGAGGUCCAUUCUUAGGAAAAUAGUAGACGAGGAUAAAGAGCAGUGUUUAAGUUUAUGUAACAAAGUACCUUACAUGUGGAGAGAGUAUUUACCUCUGCACAUAGAACGGCACGCGAUGACGAACGAUCUGCUUCGUCAGUGCCUUCAAACUAGGGAUAAUAACGUGAUCUCCAUCAUUUUACCUUUGAUGGAUGGAAAGCAGUGGAAUCUGGUAGCGACGUAUGCGAAGGAAAUGCAAGAGGGACAGUGUUUGUUCUGCGGCAAGUCUAUGAAGUCGGGGAAUAACGAGGAGAUGAACUGGACGGCUGUGAUAUAUGAGAUCAUAAAAAAACAGGGAUCUGAUGUUGCACUGGCAUUGUUAACGAAAUUGGAGAAAGCUAUUCCCAAUGUUCCUAUUGAUAGGAGUAUGUUUCAGUCAUUGAUAUUUACGAAACUUUUGUACCAACAUGGAAUGAAGUGUGCUAUUAAUUUUAAUGAGAGCAAUCUGGAGUCGUCUGAAUAUAAUACAAUGUGUUCCACAAAGAUUCGAAAUCAGUUAACAGAAGUUCUUCAGAAGGAUUUAAGUAAGCCCAUUAAUAAAAAUCAGUUUGGUAACGGUUCGCAUCAUUGGGGAAUGCAAUAUCAGAAUAAAUUAUCCACGUGUCCUUGUUGUACUUUGCCCCUUCAAACGCCGGUCUUAUUGGGUACCAACGGAAUCGCGAUAUUCAAUUGUGGCCACGCUUACCACGUGAAUUGUAUGAUAGAAAAGAAACUGACGACUUGUAAUCUUCAUUCUUAAUGUGCAUGACAAUUAUCCGUUUGUUGCAUAACGAAUAUAUAAGCGUAGAUCUUUUAAGGAGAGGAUAAAGUAUGCGCAUUACACAUCUAGUCUUUUCCGAACAAAACAUGUACGUGUACGUACAAAUUUAUUAUCGAAUUACAAAUUUUUAUCACAGACAAAUCUCACAGUUUAACAACUAAACGGGUAUUAGGAAAUCAUUUCUCGAAUUUCUCGCGAUGUUAUUGUAAAUCGCAGUAGAAUAUAAACGUUGUCUCAAAUACAAUUUCGUUUGUACAAAAUGAUAAUAAAAGUUACAGUGAGAAUACGUGAUUGA